AUGGACGCGCAAAGUGAGACAAGUGCAGUACCCUCGCGAUCGCAGACCGGCAAUGACCACACCCUCGACAAUACAGGCUACUGCCUCUUGUCCCUAGACGGCGGCGGCGUCCGCGGCCUGUCGACGCUAUACAUCCUCCAAGGCAUCAUGAACCGGCUGAAUUACAUGCGUGAAGAGGCCGGUCUGCGCCCGAGGAAGCCGUGCGAGAUCUUCGAUUUGAUUGGGGGGACGAGCACCGGAGGGCUCAUCGCCAUCAUGCUAGGCCGUCUGGAAAUGUCCGUCGAAGAAUGCAUAGACGCAUACGCCAAGAUGAUGAAGCAUGUUUUCGAGAAGAAGGCAAAUCAUUCUUUCAUAGGCAUCCUUGGGGGCGUCAAGCCGCGGUUUUCGUCCAAGGCGCUAGAGAACGCAAUCUCGCAGGUCCUCAAAGCGCGCGGCAUUCCUGUCAACGAAAAGUUUGAGAACGUGACGAGGUCGCGGUGUAAGGUGUAA